GAGAGAGAGAGAAGGGUUUCCAGAGCGGCAGCGGCUGCCUGCCAACCCCUCUUCCUCUCUCUCCUCCCCCUACGCUGCUUGCUGCCGCUGCAGGCUGCACCCUAAAGCAGCGAGCCUUUUUACCUCUCUUCCUACCACCCCACACCGCACACACCAUCUCCUCGCCUCGCCUCCACUUCUUGGCUGCGUAUCUCUCUCAAUCACCUCACCUCCUCCUCGAUUGCAACCCUCACUCUCCAGAGCCGCCGCCAUGUCGGGGCUCUACAGCCAGGGGUUCUCCCCUGCGCGAAACCUCUCCCCUCAGAUUAGAAGCAAUCCAGAUGUUGAUAGUCAGUACUUAGCCGAGUUGCUCGCCGAACACCAGAAGCUGGGGCCUUUCAUGCAGGUGUUGCCUAUAUGCAACAAGUUGUUGAGUCAAGAGAUUAUGCGGGUAUCAAGCAUUGUCCACAACCAUGGAUUUGGCGAUUUCGACAGGCAUCGAUUUAGAAGUCCUAGUCCAAUGUCUUCUCCAAACCCCAGAUCUAAUCUCCCUGGCAAUGGGUUCAGUCCUUGGAGCGGAUUACAAGAGAGAUUAGGUUUUCCUCAAGGAACCAGUAUGGACUGGCAAGGAGCACCACCAAGUCCUAGCUCGCAUGUUGUAAAGAAGAUUCUUCGUCUGGACGUCCCAGUUGAUUCUUAUCCGAAUUUCAAUUUUGUGGGGCGCAUUUUAGGACCUAGAGGUAAUUCUCUAAAGCGGGUAGAAGCAUCCACUGGAUGUCGUGUUUUCAUUAGAGGAAAGGGUUCCAUCAAAGAUCCAGGGAAGGAGGACAAACUACGAGGAAAACCAGGCUAUGAGCACCUGAGUGAUCCGCUGCAUAUCUUGAUUGAGGCUGAGUUCCCUGCUAGUAUCAUCGAUGCAAGGUUGAGACAUGCACAGGAGAUUAUAGAAGAAUUGCUAAAACCCGUGGAUGAGUCCCAAGAUUUCUACAAAAGGCAACAGCUCAGGGAGCUGGCAAUGCUAAAUUCAACCCUGAGAGAGGACAGCCCUCAUCCUGGGAGCGUCUCUCCAUUCAGCAACGGUGGUAUGAAACGCGCAAAAACAGAUACAAGGCGCAAGGGCACUCUAUCUACAUCAAUGACUACGCGCAGAUACGGAGCAAGGUAACUCAGAAGCAGAACUACAGUGUACAUGGCGAAUGCAGAAUCAAGAAGUAGAAUAGCGAAUGCAGAACCAAGCAAGAAGUGACAUAGCAAAUGCAUAACCAAGAAGCAAAUUAGCAAAUGCA